AUGGCUGCCGCCCCCGCCCACUAUAUCCGCACCAUCCAUUCUUCCUUCUCCGCCGCGCACCCGCACUCCGCAGCCUGGGCCGCCACAUCUGCCUCCUCCCAGUACCUCAACCAGUUCAACCACAACCAUAACUCGCCCGCUAAUCACAAUAAUAUCAUCUCACAACCCCCGCGUCCUCACCACCACCACCACCAGAGCCAGCACGGGGGGUACACGAGCAUCAGCACGCACAACACCCACAUGUACACGCACCACCUGCGGGAUCUCACCCAUGGCGGGGCUCCCGUUGUAGGAGCGGGGAGCGCGCAUCGCCAGCAGCCUCAGCUGCAGGGAGGACAGCACGCUCACGCCUCGUAUGCCCCGAAUGGACCGCGGAAGCCCAGCGCGGACGCCCAGCGCAGCGGCAGCAGGCGCCGUUCGGUGUCGAUCCGCAUGCCGCCGACGUACAAGUUCGACCCGUUCGCGGACGAGCCUGUCUCGGCGGGUGCUGCUGCGCCUGCAUCGGACUCGCUGAAUGACGCCGUAUCGGUCUCGGAGCAGCAGCAGCCGACGCAUACGCAUACACCCGCGGCGCCGUAUACGAUCCACAUCCCACCCGCCGCUGCGUCGGAUAUCCAGAUGUACACGCCUCCGCGCCCGCGUCCCCGUCCGAUAUCCACAACGCUUUCUCCGCGUGCGCCAUCGUUCACGCCUGCUGCCGGUGCUGUGACUCCAGCUCGAUCGACUUCUCCCACACCCAACCCACAGCGAUCAGCAACGCCAACGCCAACGCCCCUCCCCCGCGCGCCGCCACCAAACCUGUCUAAAGUCGUCGCAAGCAUCCUUUUGAACAGGGUGCAUGCCGUCGGCAAGCCGAUGCGCCGUCGCAUGGCGAUGCAUACGCAAGGCCAGGGGAGGGAUUAUGUGAAGAGCUGUUUGUCGAGCGUUGUGAGUGUUGAGGCGUGA